CUCGCAGCCUUUUGUACGCGGGGAGAUGCAGCUGUCAGCCCGCCCGGCCGCCGAUCCCGGCUCGCUCCCGGACUAGGAAUGGGCAGGAGGAAGUCGCCUGUUGCCCUCCUGGUGGCCCUGUGGCUCUGCCAGCUGGGCACGUGGGCAGCGGGGCGCCCCAAGGUGAACCCCAGGAUCAUCGCGGCUCCCCAAGGUGCCAAGGAAUAUGUCUUCCCACGGAGGGAGAGGUUCCCAGUGUUCUUCCACCAGGAAAACACCUCCUCCAUCUACGUCGGGGGCGAGGGGAGGCUCUACUACUACGACUUUGCAACGCGUGAGAACCACACGGAAGAGUUCCCGGUGAGAAAUGAAGGGCAGUGCAUGUCCUCUGGGAAUUUGGAGGACAGCCGGAACUUCCUGACCCUGGUGGAGCAGUUCGGGGACGGGCUCUUGGUGUGCGGCACCGGCGCCUGCGCUCCCACCUGCUGGAACGUGACGCAGAGGAAGGAGGGCCCGCCCUGGGAUGGGAGAGGGAUCGCUCCCUUCACCCCUGACUCCAACACCCUAGUCGUUGUCGACGGCCAGGACAUCUACUCCACCAUCAAGAAGAGCCAGCAGAAUGGGAAGAUCCCUCGAUUCCGCCGCGUCAGGGGCGGGGGAGAGCUCUACACCAGCGACACCGUGAUGCAGAACCCUCAGUUUGUCAAGGCCACCACGCUGAGGCACGAGGAGCCUCACCAGGACAAGAUUUAUUACUUCUUCCGCGAGGACAACCCGGACAAGAGCCCCGAGGCGCCCCGGAACAUCUCGCGGGUGGCCCAGCUAUGUAAGGAGGACAGGGGAGGAACCAGCUCCCUCUCAGCCUCCAAGUGGACCACAUUCCUCAAGGCCACCCUGAUCUGCGUGGACCCCGUCACCAAGGGCAACUUCAACUGGCUCCAGGAUGUCUUCUUUGUCCCCGCGGGUGACUGGCGGCGCUCCAAGGUCUACGGGCUCUUCACCAACACCUGGGGAAGCUCUGCCGUCUGCGUCUACUCCUUUGGGGACAUCGACAACGUGUUCAGGACAUCGCGGCUCAAAGGCUACAACGGCCCCACCCCGGAGGUCAAACCUGGCCAGUGUGUCCCCUCGGGGCAGCACACUCCGAGCGAGACCUUCAAGAUCGCGGACAGCCACCCCGAGGUGGAGGAGCGGGUGGAGCCGCUGUCGCCGUCGCGGAGCCCCCUGUUCCACAACAAGCACCGCUACCAGAAAAUCGGCGUGCACGAGGUGGCCGCGGCCGACGGGCAGCGCUACAACGUCCUCUACCUGGCCACAGACAAGGGGUCCAUCCACAAGGUGGUGGAGCUGCCGGACGGGGUGCAGAACAUUGUGGAGAUCCAGGUGUUCCCCAACAAGGAUCCCAUCCAGUCCAUGAUCCUGGACCACGCCAGGGCCGUGCUCUACGUGGGCUCCAGCAGCCGCGUCCUGGAGCUGCCCAUGGACAUGUGCGGGGCCUACCGCAACAACUGCCACAGCUGCGUGCUGGCCAGGGACCCCUACUGCGGCUGGGCCAACGGCUCCUGCCUCUCGCUGGCCCUCAGCAGGGAGGCGCUCCAGAACCUGAACUUGGACUCGUGGCGAGGCAGCUGCCAGAGGGGUGACGUCAAGGAAGACGACUUCCGCAACAUCUCGGUGAUGCCCCUCUCCCGCUACUACCUCAACUGCUCCAUCGAGUCCCACUACGCCACCUACAACUGGUACCACGAGGACGUGCUCAUCAAGAGCUGCAACACCUCCCACCCGCAGCACGACUGCUUCCACUUCAUCCCCAGCGUGCGCCGCGAGCACUACGGCCACUACGUCUGCGUCUCCGAGGAGGACGGAUUCCGCCAGGCGCUGGUCAAGGAGCGCCUGCUGGACCGCCAGCGCUUCCUCUGGCAGCGCGGCCACGCUCCGGCCACGCUGGCCUCGUGGCUCCAGCUGCUGCUCGUGGUGGCCCUGGCCGAGCUCUUCCACUGACGCCGCUCCUCCUCCGCGGACUUUGAGCCUCCCUCCCCGCCGGCCUCGCUGGCGGAGCCGCGGGAGGAGGCUGCCACACGCGGUGGCGGCCCCGCCGGCCGGCCAUGCAUG